CACCAUGGCUCCCAACCCGGAAGUGCAGCGCUGGCAGGGACUACGGAAACCGGAGAACUGAGUAAAAGUGUCCGUUUGAACUGGGCACCUGGCUCUGCUCCAGGCCGUCCCUCCGGGAUGGAUUUCUCAAGGUUCCUCGCUGAUGACUUUGAGGUGAAGGAUUGGGUGAAUGCUGCUUUCAAGUCCGUACAGAAGGAUGCUGCAGGGAAGGUGGACGCACAAGCGUCGACUCUGGUUAUGAAACUCCAGCUCUUCAUCCAGGAGGUCAACAACUCAGUGGAAGAGAGCAGCCAUCAGGCCCUGCAGAACAUGCCGCGAGUGUUACGUGACGUGGAGGCUCUCCGGCAGGAAGCAGCUUUUUUGAAGGAGCAGAUGAUUCUUGUGAAGGAGGAUAUCAAGAAGUUUGAGCAGGACACUGCACAGUCUAUGCAGGUCCUUGUGGAGAUGGAUAAAGUGAAGUCGCGGAUGCAGUUGGCCGCGGAAUCCCUUCAAGAAGCUGACAAGUGGAGUACUCUCAGUGCAGACAUCGAAGAGACCUUUAAGACUCAGAACAUAACUGUGAUUUCUGAGAAGCUGACCAGUAUGCAGGUGAGCCUCACUAUGCUGGUGGACACCCCAGAUUACUCCGAAAAAUGUGUCUACCUGGAGGCCCUGAAGAAUCGAUUGGAAGCCAUGUGCAGCCCCCAGAUAGUUGCAGCUUUAAAUAGCCAAUCCACAGACCAGGCAAAAAUGUUUGUGAAGGUUUUUAGUGAGAUUGACCGGAUGCCGCAGCUGCUGGCGUACUACUACAAGUGCCACAAGGUUCAGCUGGUAUCAGCGUGGCAGGAACUUUGUCAGAGCGAGAUGUCCCUGGAUCGGCAGCUGACGGAGUUUUAUGACACCUUGCUCAGUGCAUGGCACACACAGCUUCAGUGGGUCUCGCAGAUUUUUAAGAAGCCUCAUGAAGUGGUGACUGUUCUGCUGAUACAGACCCUCGCCGCCAUGGUGCCAUCCAUCCCCGUCUGUCUAAGCUCAGCCAUGGAGAGGACGAGUCCCGAGCAUAAGCUCAGCACCUUGCUGGAGCUUUUCCAGGCCACCGGUCACUUUGCUAAGGCUCUGGAAGCUGCCAUCAUGCCUCGUAUCGGGGAGCACAACAUCGUGAAGGUGAUGGAGCUCGUUGAGGCCGUGUAUGGAGCGUACAAACCUUUCCAGCUGCAGUACGGGAACCUGGAGGAGUCACACCUUCUAAUACAGCUGAGCGCCAUACCACUGGAACACGGCGAGGCCCUAGACUGUGUCCAGGAGCUGUCGCACUCGGUGUCUCGGCUGUUCAGCCUGGCGUCGGGCGCAGUGGAGCGAUGCAUCAAACUGACGGAUGGCCUGGGGGUGUGCGGCCUGCUGCAAGCACUGCAGUCUCUGUUCAAAAAAUAUGUGUCCGAUUUCACAAACACGCUGCAGUCAAUAAGGAAGAAAUACAAACUGGACAACGUCCCUGCGGAUGCCUUCUUCUUGGAGGAUUGGACGGCCUUCCAGCAUUCAGUCAGGAUCAUCGCUACGUGUGGAGAAUUGUUACGGCAGUGUGGCGACUUUGAGCAGCAGCUGGCAAGCCGGAUCCUGUCCACAGCCGGUAAGCAUUUAUCCGAGUCCUACAGCCCCCGCAGCCUCACCGGCAUACAGGAAGGAACCGCCACCGAGCGCAAGAAUUGCAAAAACCCCUGGCAGGAAUACAACUACCUCCAGAAGGGCGACCCGGCCGAGUAUGCCGGUCUGAUGGAGACAUUGUAUAUGUUGAAGGAGAAAGGAGCAGUCAAUGCUAACCUCCUGUCAGCUGCCCGCACCGAUCUCACCCGCCAGAACCAGGUGGCCUAUCAGCUGGCAUUUGAUUCUGUCUUCCUAAGGAUAAAACAGCAACUCCUGUUGGUACCCAAGAUGGAGAGUUGGGGAUAUGAAGACAAGGGGGAAACCUUGACCGAAGAUUUGCCGACGUUCAGCCUCACUCCUCUGGAGUACAUCAGUAAUAUCGGUCAGUACCUCAUGUCCCUCCCUCUGCAUCUCGAGCCCUUUGUAACCCCAGAAGAUUCGUCUCUGGAGCUUGCACUUCAUGCCGGGAAGCUGCCUUAUCCUCCUGAACAAGGGGAAGAGACCCCAGAACUGGACAACAUGGCUGAUUAUUGGCUUGGAUCGCUAGCCAGAGCCACCAUGCAGACUUACUGUGAUGUCAUCCUACAGAUCCCAGUCCUCACGCUGCACGCCGGCAAGCAGCUGGCAACCGAUAUAGAUUAUUUGAUCAAUGUCAUGGACGCACUGGGCCUGCAGCCCACCCGCACUUUACAGACAAUCGUCUCCCUGGUCAAGAUCAAACCCGAAGACUUCAGACAAGCGGCAAAAUCCUUACCCAGGAAAAUCUCCUCCUCCAUUGCCGCCAUGAGAAACAUUGAGUACUAAUCAACCUGGCCUCCAAAGUAGCAUGGACGCUCUUUACCUAUGUGGUGGCAGAUCAGGAUCCACUCAUUCCGGCGAGAUCUAAGAGAUGAGGAGUCUAUUGAGGACAGGUACUCAUGGAGUUAAAGGACUGCGGUGGUGUAACGUGUCCUUGUAUCCUGUAAACUUUACUGCCAAAUAUAAAGAAAAAUGAAUAUAUUUAUUCGUCAGAAGAGUUUAUAGAAAGUUUAAUGUUUCGAAAAAGUGUUUUCACAAAAGGCACCUGAGUUACCAGCGACAUUCUUUCAGUUACACGUAUGCAACAUUGACAGCUCAUGUAACCCCCUCCCCCAUUUACAUUAAUAUACUUGGAUUUCCUAGGCUGCAGUGUAAGAGCUGUAUCUAGUCCCUCCAUCCAAUGGUCAGUGCCUUCAACUACCAUGUACCAUGGACCUCCAAGUUUCAAACAAUUUAAUUUAAUUUAAUAGAGAACGGUAUAAAUAGCAAAUUUCUAAAUCACUUCAUUUAAAAAAAUCUGCCUGCAUCCACCUGAAAAAAAGCUGUAAAGUGGUGGCCACUAGGGGUCUCACUACCAUCUAUGUUGCAGUCCACUGUCUGCUCUCAGGCAAGAUCCGUCCCUGGUAACAGAGACUCAGAAGACGGCUGAGAGGAAGUGGGGGGUGUCAGAGCUAGCUGAGAUCCUGAGCCUGAUAAAGGACUUCUUCUGAAGAUUAUAGGAGCGUCCUGCGUGUCUGUAAGUGUGGUUUCCCCCUCCUUAACUGUUGUGUGAGCUCCAGAGCUGGAAACAUACUGGGAAAGAGACGCCCCCUGCUUGUGAGAGAAAUGCAUCCAUCUAGUUGUGCAGCUGAAACAGGAAAAAUAUGGCAGAAAGAGACAUUAGGGAAGCCCCCCAAAAAAGACCUGUUUCUUCACAGUUAUGAUUGUACAAAGAAGCAAAGCCAUUAUGAAAAAAAAAAUGUAUUUUAUUUUUUACUUUUUUGACCACUUGUCAUUUUUGCCUGUGCAACAUUUAGUCUACCUGCACACGUUGCGGAUUCUCGUGUGGAAAAAAUGCAGCGUAGUGCAGUAACAGCAAAGUGUAUGAGAUUAGACAAAUUGACCUGCCCUGCGGAUUUAGAAAGUCACAGCAGUUCAGCUGUUUGUGCGGAUUUCACCCUUUUCAAUGCAAAGGUGAGAUCUGCAGAAAAUCCACACCAAAAACUGCAAAUAAAACAUGCGCUAGUUGGUGCACAAACGCACGGAAAUCUGUGUGGAUUUUUCUUUUUUCUUUUUGUAAACCUGCGCCCAUGUGCAGGUAGCCUGAGGAUAGACUUGCACGUGCACUUGAAGUUUUGGUGCACUUUUGUUGCGGUAUUUUGAGCCAGAAGUGGAUUCAAAAGGAACAGGGAAUAUAAAAGGAAAGGCUUACUCUCUCCGAAAACUGCGUCAAGUGUAUGUGUAUUUCUGGCCUGAUGGGCCACAACACUGGGUGCAGAGAUGGCAUAAGUAGAGGUCCUCACCCGGUUGUAGGAUGUAAUAGGUGUACUGAUGUUGAGACCUUACGAGAAUUCUUUUCCACUCUGCAACCUGCCUGUAAGCUUUAAUAUGUUAUAGAGGGGAUUUUCGCCUUUGGGGACCCGCUUCCAGUAGCCAGGGAAGAGCCACUGCAAAGAGCAGCUCUUGCUUUAGGGGGCCUGAUGCAAAGACUUCAUGACUUCAGAGGAAAUGUAAAGGUACGGCAGUAGAAGAUGUCCUUAAGGUGAGCAUACU